AUGCAAUCUGGAGAUCACGUUUCUGUUUAUGCUGACACUGACAGUCUUUGUAGGAAAGGAUCUAUCAAGAAAUAUGACGGUAUUAAAGUGUACGUGGGUAAUGGUGUUGCACAAGUCAGUAGAUCAGACAUAUUUACAGAAAAUGAUAUCAACAGUGGCGUAGGAAUCAAAAUGACAGAACCAUUAUAUUCUGCACCUUCGCUGAAUGCUGUACUUCCUGAUUGUAUGUUUCUACAAAACUUACCAUCAAUUGUUGUGGGUCAUGUGAUGAGUCCACAGUCUGGUGAUAUUGUACUAGAUAUGUGUGCAGCUCCAGGAGGAAAAACAACACAUUUAUCAAGUUUAAUGAAUGAUAAAGGUGUUGUCAUAGCAAUUGACCGAGCACAAUCCAAGGUUUCUAGGAUCGACUUAAAUAUUUGUAAACUCAAUUUACAUUGUAUUAAAACAUUUGCAUACGACAGUACUCGUCUAUUUUCUCCAGAUGUACCGGUAAUAGAUGCAGAUUCUCUUGGCAAGCCACCUUAUCCUGCUGAAACGUUUGACAAGAUACUGUUAGAUGGUCCUUGCAGUGCUCUUGGACAGAGACCGCAGCUUAUCAGUACUGCUUCACUUAAGGAGGUCCAGUCAUAUCCAUCACUUCAACGAAAGAUUUUUGCCAAU